CUCUGGCUGGAUAAGAGGAUUCGGAACCAGUGAAUCGGUGAUCGGCAAAAAAAAAAGAAAAAAAAAAGGGCGCAAUCUUCUUCAUCGGAAACUCAUACUCGAGGUCGUGUUUCCUUCAGCGGAUCGAGCAGAGAGGAGAAGCAGGCGAAGACGGUAGUUCGAACCCUAGGGUGAGAGUUCGAAGUAGAAGCGAGCUUCAUCAAUGGCGGAGGAUCUGGUUCUAGACACAGCGAUUAGAGAUUGGGUUCUCAUCCCUCUCUCCGUCGUCAUGGUCCUCAUCGGUAUUCUCCGCUACUUUGUCGCCAAGCUCAUGCGCUCUUCUCAGCCUCCAGAUCCUAAGAUUGUCAAAGAAGGGCAGGUUAUUGUUAGGGCUCGGAACCUGAAGGCUGGUGCCAAUUUUAUACCUCCCAAAUCUUUCCGAGCUCGGAGAUUCUACUUCAGCAACGACGAGAAUGGUUUACUGCAUGUUCCUAAGGACCAAGCUCAGAAUGCACAAGCCCAGAUGUUUUCAGAUCCUAAUAUGGCCAUGGACAUGAUGAAGAAAAACCUUUCGAUGAUCAUCCCGCAGACGCUCACUUUUGCCUGGGUCAACUUCUUCUUCUCUGGAUUUGUUGCAGCCAAAAUACCAUUCCCACUGACUCAGAGGUUCAGGUCAAUGUUACAGAAUGGCAUCGACUUGAGCACUGUCGAUGUCAGCUAUGUGAGCAGUCGUUCAUGGUACUUCCUCAACUUGUUUGGAUUGAGAGGUUUAUUCAGUCUCAUUUUGGGAGAUGAAAAUGCAAUCGACGACACUCAACGGAUGAUGCAAAUGGGUGGAUUUGGGUUCGAUCCUUCAAAGAGCCUGAGCGCAGAGAAGGACGGCCUCGACAUAAUUCAGCACGAGUGGGCUCUCCCUAGAUUCGAGCAGCGUGCAGAAUGCGUGUUGAGAAAACUCGUUCGCUGAACAUGGUAACUUGGAACAUGAGAAUAUUCUUCAUCUUCUGUCUCUACUUGCCUUCACUUGAAUUUCACCAUCUGCUUCUUCUGUCAUGUUACGAAAAUGUCUCGAGUUUGUAGAAACCUCUACACGAAAUCUGAUAUAUUACCUAAGCUUCUCAAGUCAGAAUAUUCGAUAGCUGGAUGCUUUAUGUGCUUUUCUCCAGAAACUCAUGUACCAAAUAUCAUAUGGUUUCGGUUUAGUUCAUUCUUGAUUUGGUUUU